CUGCAGAUCCCUCAGGUGAGCUACGCCUCCACAGCUCCAGAGCUAAGUGACAACACCCGCUACGACUUCUUCUCCCGGGUGGUGCCCCCGGACACGUACCAGGCCCAGGCCAUGGUGGACAUCGUCAAAGCCAUGCGCUGGAACUACGUCUCCACUGUGGCCUCCGAGGGAAACUAUGGAGAAAGUGGAGUGGACGCUUUUAUCCAAAAGUCUCGGGAGGAUGGUGGUCUGUGCAUUUCUCAGUCUGUGAAAAUACCCCGAGAACCGAGACCUGGAGAGUUUGACAAGAUCAUUCGCCGGCUGAGUGAGAACCCUAACGCCAGAGUGGUCAUUAUCUUUGCCAACGAGGACGACAUCCGGCGGCUCCUCCAAGCAGCGAAAAAGGCGAAUCAAACCGGCCAUUUCAUCUGGGUAGGUUCAGACAGCUGGGGCUCCAAAAUCUCCCCCAUAUUGAACCAGGAAGAGAUGGCCGAAGGAGCCGUCACUAUCCUCCCCAAACGGCAAUCCAUAAAAGGAAUUUAUAGCAAUGCUGCCCAGUCCAUCUGA